AUGACCGAUCGAGUGCGACGGCGUCGCAGUCGUGAAUUGCGAGCGCCACGUAAUGAAGGAGGGCUGUCACCGGCGUCGCGUCUUCGGAUAGCUGCAGAUGUUUACCGCCACUCGACCAGUGACGAUGACUCUGGGUGUGUUCUUGAAGAGUACGCUUGGAUUCCGAGUGGCCUCAAACCGAAUAUGGUACACAUGUUUUUCGCCGCUCUGCCGGAAGAAAAGGUGCCCUAUGUGAACAGCGCAGGUGAGAAAUGGCGUAUCCGACAGCUGCGUCAUCAGCUACCCCCACAAGACUCCGACCCCCGAUACUGCGCCCGACUCAGCUCAGAGGAAGAAGCCGAACUGAGGCUUUUCGAGCGCCGUCGCAAGGCCGAGUGCCUCGGACGUGGGGCGGUUGAGCGUUGCUCGGUUCCGUUCAACGAAGGCGAAAUUUGCGUGAUCGCUUCUCGAACUGGUGCAGUCUAUCAUCCAGCUUGUUUCCAAUGUGCAGAAUGCGCCACACUACUCGUCGAUCUCAUUUAUUUUUCUCAUGAUGGCAAGGUAUACUGUGGUCGACAUCACGCAGAACAGAUCAAACCGAGAUGUGCUCGAUGUGAUGAACUCAUCUUUGGUGACGACUGCACAGAAGCUGAAGGCCGGACAUGGCAUCACCAUCACUUCCAGUGUGCCGAUUGCUCGAAAGAGUUGGGAGGGCAGAAGUACAUGCAGAGAAACAAAAAACCAGUAUGUCUCAGUUGUUUUCAUGCCGAUGGUUCGCCAUCGCUCCUGUGCACCACCUGCAAUGGAAUCAUCCCCCUCGAUCAUCCCCACAUUUCACAGAGUGAUUUGAGUUGGCAUGCCGACGAACGAUGCUUUUGCUGUUCGAUAUGUGCCAAAAAUCUUCUCGGCAAGAAGUAUAGCCUGGUCAAUAAAAACCUCUACUGUGGUUACAGGACGUGUGGCGGAGAAGAUGAAUUGUUUGACGAAGACCGAAUUCCAACAUCGUCCUCCCCUAUGAGAAAGCUUCCCCCAACGAAUGUUGCGCGCCAACGGCGGAAAUAUCGCUCAGUUGAACGACGAGCAAUCGGAACUCCUACAAGGUACAUAGUUUAUAUUGUUAUCAGUUCGGCUUGGAUGUACUACGCGAAAUGUCACUCUUCAACUAUUCUCUUCUAA